AUGGACGUGUCAGAACUCUGCAUCCCGGACCCCCUCGGCUACCACAACCAGCUGCUGAACAGAAUGUCCGCGGACGACCGGCACCUGAGCUCCAGCUGCGGCUCCUUCAUCAAGACCGAGCCGUCCAGCCCGUCCUCGGGCAUCGAUGCCCUCAGCCACCACAGCCCCAGCGGCUCCUCGGACGCCAGCGGCGGCUUUGGCCUGGCCCUGGGCCCCCAAGCCAACGGUCUGGACUCCCCGCCCAUGUUUGUAGGCGCCGGGCUGGGAGGCACCCCGUGUCGCAAGAGCUACGAGGACUGUGGCAGUGUCAUCAUGGAGGACCAGGCCAUCAAGUGCGAGUUCAUGCUGAACUCCAUCCCCAAGCGCCUGUGCCUCGUGUGUGGGGACAUUGCCUCCGGCUACCACUACGGCGUGGCCUCCUGCGAGGCCUGCAAGGCCUUCUUCAAGAGGACCAUCCAAGGGAACAUCGAGUACAGCUGCCCGGCCACCAACGAGUGUGAGAUCACGAAGCGGAGGCGGAAGUCCUGCCAGGCCUGCCGCUUCAUGAAAUGCCUCAAAGUGGGGAUGCUGAAGGAAGGUGUCCGUCUUGACCGAGUGCGUGGAGGCCGCCAGAAAUACAAGCGACGGCUGGACGCGGAGAACAGCCCGUACCUGAGCUUACAGAUUUCCCCACCUGCUAAAAAGCCAUUGACCAAGAUCGUCUCCUACCUGCUGGUGGCUGAGCCAAACAAGCUCUAUGCCAGGCCUCCCCCCGGCAUGCCUGAGAGCGACAUCAAGGCCCUGACCACUCUCUGUGACCUGGCAGACCAAGAGCUCGUGGUCAUCAUCGGCUGGGCCAAGCACAUCCCAGGCUUCUCGAACCUCUCCCUGGGGGACCAGAUGAGCCUGCUGCAGAGCGCCUGGAUGGAGAUCCUCAUCCUGGGCAUCGUGUACCGCUCGCUGCCCUAUGACGACAAGCUGGCGUACGCCGAGGACUACAUCAUGGACGAGGAGCACUCCCGCCUGGCGGGGCUGCUGGAGCUCUACCGGGCCAUCCUGCAGCUCGUGCGCAGGUACAAGAAGCUCAAGGUGGAGAAGGAGGAGUUUGUCACCCUCAAGGCCCUGGCCCUGGCCAAUUCAGAUUCCAUGUACAUUGAGGACCUGGAGGCGGUCCAGAAGCUGCAGGAUCUGCUGCACGAGGCUCUGCAGGACUACGAGCUGAGCCAGCGCCACGCGGAGCCGCGGAGGACGGGCCAGCUGCUGCUGACGCUGCCCCUGCUGCGGCAGACGGCCGCCAAGGCCGUGCAACACUUCUACAGCGUCAAACUGCAGGGCAAGGUGCCCAUGCACAAACUCUUCCUGGAGAUGCUGGAGGCCAAGGUCUGA